CUGUACCAUCGAUGAUUUUUAGCUGUGCCGGUUUACCAAAAAAAAAACGUGUGAAAAUUUGCGAAAUCCGUGAUAAAUAGGCAUAAUCGAAGCUGUUAAUAUUCAAGACGCAAUGGCUUUAGUUUGUGCACUGACAAAUGAAGUGCCCGAGACGCCCGUGGUAUCGCCCUACUCUGGAGCCAUUUUUGAGAAGCGGGUAAUUGAAAAGUAUUUAAUGGAGAAUGGCUGCGAUCCCAUCAGUGGAAAGGAACUGAAACCGGAUGAGCUCAUUGAGAUCAAGACGCCGGCUGUGGUGAAGCCAAAACCUCCAAGUGCGACGAGCAUACCGGCCACGCUGAAGACAAUGCAGGAUGAAUGGGAUGCCCUGAUGAUACAUUCAUUCACACAGAGACAGCAACUGCAGACGACUCGUCAAGAGUUGUCCCAUGCCCUAUAUCAGCAUGAUGCUGCCUGCCGUGUUAUAGCGCGUCUCAACAAGGAAGUGGCUGCUGCCCGGGAAGCUUUGGCCACGCUCAAGCCACAGGCGGGUAUCGUCAGUGCUCCAACGGCCAUACCACAGCCAGCUCUAGCUGCCGAGGCUGGUGGCAGUGCAACUCAUCCAAUGGAACAGGCUGGCAUGAGUGCUGAGGUGAUACAGAAGCUCCAAGACAAGGCCACGGUACUAACGCAAGAGCGUAAGAAGCGAGGACGUACAGUUCCCGAGGAUUUGGUGAUGGCAGAUCAAGUGAAAAGUUUCCUCACGGUCGCCUCCCAUCCGGGAUUGCAUUCAGCGUCUGUGCCUGGCAUUUUGGCUCUGGACAUUAACAGUGCAGAUCACAGCAAAAUUCUGACGGGUGGCAAUGACAAAAAUGCCACUGUGUUCAACAAGGACACCGAACAGGUUGUGGCCAUUCUUAAGGGCCACACGAAAAAGAUCACGAAAGUCAUAUAUCAUCCCAAUGAGGACACUGUAAUUACCGGCUCCCCGGACAUGAACAUUCGAAUCUGGCACGUGCCCACUUCACAAACGCAGCUCCUGCUGCGCUGCCACGAAGGACCAGUAACGGGUCUCUCGUUGCACCCCACUGGCGACUACUUGUUGUCCACCUCGUCCGACAAGCAUUGGGCCUUCUCGGACAUACGCACCGGUCGACUGUUGACCAAGGUCAUCGACACUGCUGAAAUGGGUUUGACCACUGCCCAGUUCCAUCCGGACGGAUUGAUCUUUGGAACGGGGACCAAAGAUGCCCAAGUGAAGAUCUGGGAUCUCAAAGAGCAGAGCAAUGUGGCCAAUUUCCCGGGACACACAGGACCCAUUUCGGCCAUAUCGUUCUCCGAGAAUGGAUACUACUUGGCCACUGCAGCAGAUGAUGCUUGCGUUAAGUUGUGGGAUUUGCGCAAGCUCAAGAAUUUCAAGACCAUCCAACUAGAUGAUGGCUAUGAGGUCAAGGAUUUGUGCUUUGAUCAAAGUGGUACCUACUUGGCCAUUGCGGGCACCGAUGUUAGGGUGUAUCUAUGUAAACAAUGGCAAGAUCUGAAGAUAUUCAAUGACCAUACAGCUCUGGCUACCGGCGUACGAUUUGGAAAACAUGCUCAAUAUCUGGCCUCCACCAGCAUGGACCGAACUCUUAAACUGUACGCUAUUGAAUAAGUUAAAUCCAUAUACACAUAGACAGAGUAAUCCCAAUAAAUAAUAAGUUCACCUACACACUCUAAUCUUGCAAAAAAAAAAAAAGAAAAUAAAACCUCUUAAAAUUUUAAUCCAAUUCCAAACAGACAAUAUACAUGUGUAUAAUAAUGGCAA